AAGGAACUCUAGAUCUCUGUUGCUAGAUUGCGUCAGCGUCAGCUUUCAGCUUCGCGAGGCUAUAGGACUCGAUGUUACAUUUAGUCAUUGUCCUUUCGAUUAAUUCGGUAUAUCCCUCAUUUCAGGCGAACUUCCUUCCUUAAUUGGCGUAUAUCUGCACUCUGUAUGGGCAUAUACAUGGGACCUCUUAAACGGGCGUGAUUUUAUAGCCCCCGCCAUUUAGAUUGUACAUAGGCUAUAGAUCUUGGGUAUGAAUUGCCUUGCGGCAUGGCCUUGUCCUUGGUGCGCGACUCCGCAGUCCUUACUAAGGACACGCCGAUAUAUCCGAGUAUAUCUCAGCCUACCGAAGUAUGAAUAAUCUUAUAAUAAAGUCAAGUAUAGUUCCCAUGAGUAAGUCGACUCCCUAUCAUAUUAUAAAAUAACCGAUUCAUUAUGAUCGCUAUAUAUUAUGGUCGACCAGGCCCAAGAGCCUUUCUCUCAUCAUUGUCUACGGACGCCCAUCGUUUGGCGACACGGCUAUCCGAAGAAGUACAGAAAAGUUGCAAGAACGCCUACCGGUUUAUAUCAACACAGUUAACUACGUAUUACCAAAGAGUCAAGUCGCAUAUCAAAUCUGUUGAAUGGGAGAAAUGGAUACGAAGGUGCUGUUGGGUAGCCUCCAUACUCUGGACCGUGUCGAUACUGGGCCUCUUUGCAUUUCUUGGCCUAUAUGGUGCUCUAUCAUAUAGGUUUGAGAGUGAAGAUUCGGCAUGCCGAUCUGACGAUACCUUUAAUCCUAUCAUAUCCGAGUAUAAUGCUUGGGCGAUGUCAGGAUUCUUCAAGAUAAAUCUAGGUUUCGGAAACCUAACAUUUACGGAGGCAAAGGUGGUCGAUAUAUUUUGGGACAUAAUAAUUGGCCGUGGAUUGCAAGCAUCCAUGGCCUUCAUGUCAUGGCACGUUUUUACCAUAUACGUAACGACAUUGAUGGAGUUUACGCCCGUCACUUACGCAGUAUUUUUCACUGUUUUUCUCCAGAAUGAGCCUACACUUUAUUCAACAUUCAGUAUCGUACGAGCCUUUAUCUCACAACGUCGCCUGAGAUCCCGAAUUGCCAUGGUCUUUAUGAUAUGGAGUAUGUCAUUCCUUAUGGUAUGGCCGACAAUUGUUGGUGCAAUGACUGGUUAUACGACAGUCAUAGAAGCGCUCGUCUUAGAUUACAAGGGUCAUUACAUUCCUUUCAAAGAAUUUCAACCCAUUGCAUAUGUCAUCCAUGAUGGCUGGAGAGUCAAUCUUACAGCAAACUAUAUCGUGUCUCUCUAUGGUUCCGGCAAAACUGCUGAGAAGGAACCUAUUGUCAAUUUUUUGCAUAACUCUUUCUGUGGCGCAUGCGUAUUUGGUACCAUAUCAGAUUCAGGGGUCGAUUGCUCUAUACAGGAAGAAGCAUCCAAUUACGUGUCCAAGUAUGGAUUCUUCGGUCUUAAUCAUACGGCGUCCACAUUUGGAAGAAUAGAGAUACCAAGUCCAGUUUUAAACAUAUCCGCCUUUUAUAUUAACCCUGUUGGGGAAUUCUACGGAUCCUCACAGUUCGGAAAUCUAUCGAAUGCCGCCUUUGUUUAUUCUAAUCAAACAUAUCCCCUCACCUACGUGAUAGAAAACGGAAGCUGCCAACCAACAGUGAAUCGCCUCAAAUGGGGAUUUUCAUUUAUACAAGUAUUUUUCGCCCUCCUAUUUUUGACCGUUUGGACGAUUGGAACAAGCAUAUUAUGGCAUGAAGCUCGGUCAAACUUGUGUCUCCUAAGCCAAGCAGUUGUGCCCAAAGGUUGGCGGCCUAUACUUAUAUUAGCUGAAAAUAUGAAAAAGGAAAUGGGUAGGGCUGGGCUGGAUGCUUGUUCUUUGACAGGCCAAGAACUCGAGGAUGAGAUCAAAACAAGGCUCAAAGGAGGGUCUGUCACUCUUAGAUGAAGUAUUAACCUUGAGAACAUUAAAUGUAUAAAUUUUACAUUGAAUGUGUGAUAUACUGGGUUCAGUGGUGUCAUUCCUCGUGAACACGUUAUCACAGAUGUUCCCUAC